GAGAGAGAGAGAGAGAGAGGAUCAGCUGAUGUCCAGCUGACGCGUACAAUACACGUCCCACAGGCCACAGUGGCAGACACGCAUUGACAGACUAGUCCUUCAGCUGGUGCCUUUGUUUUGCUUCGCUGCAAUGGAGAGUUCUGAUGAUAAUGAAAUACCUGGUCCUAGUGAAAAACAAUACAGCUCGUCUAAUCCAGCUGCAGUUAAAUCUGCACCCGAACAUGCUGGUGCUGUUGCAGAUUCCGUUGCAGUUAUUUCUGACGAGGAAGAAGAGCUAGAUAACACCCCCAAAAAGAAGCGUAAAUGGUACUUUCAAGGUUUUAACCAAGAGUGGUUGACGCAUCCAGAUUUGAAAGAUUGGUUACAGAUGCAUCCGACUGACAAGAACAGUGCUGUUUGUAAAGUUUGUGAUACAAAAUUUAAGAAUUCAAAUAAGACAGCUCUUCUAGCUCAUAAAGACUCAAAAAAACACCAGAAAAAUUCUCUUGCUAAAAGAUCCAUCACUCAAAUCCAGAGUUUCUUUAAACCAAAACAGGAGACAGUGACUCUGAAUGAUAAAAUUGCUAAGGCAGAAGUUUUACUAGCAGGUUUCAUGGCUGAGCACCAGAUGCCAUAUAAACAAGCUGACCACCUUACUGAAACUUUGAAAGUCAUGUUUCCAGAGUGUGAAGUUGCGCAACACAUGACAAUGAAACGCACUAAAGCUAGCUAUAUAAUACAGGAAGGCAUUGCUCAUGAGGAGCGUAAUGAGGUUGCACAAAUAUGUAGAAAGCAAAAGUUUUCCAUUUUAAUUGACGAGUGCACUGAUGUUUCAGUUUCUCAAGUUUUAGCAGUUGUAGUAAGAUACUUUGAUGUAAAAACUGAGGAAGUAGUGGAUGCAUUGUUAGAUACGGUAGAGGUAGAUGAUGGUAGUGGUGAGGCUUGUAUCUCUUCCACAGAACAGCCUGCGAGCUUUGGAAGUGCUGACAAGCUUGCAAAGGAGGCACUAAAUAAGACUUCCAUAGAUUCGGAAGCCACUAUGAGUCUUAGUAGAAUCAAGGGUGUCUUGAUGAGUAGGCGGAGACAAUGGGACUCUGAAAUUAUUGGCAAACUCAUUGAUAGUGGAAGUGAGAGUGUGAGACACUAUGUAACUGUGUUUAACAACACCAAUACUUGCUAUGGGAAAACAUCCCCUAGAGUGGACACUGUCAUCAUGAGACUACGGCCUCUCAAGAGUGUUCCAUUUUCUUGCACACGAGUUUCUAUAUUGUCUCUGGUGAUGCCAUGUCCUGCAUCGGGUCAGCAGGAGCUCACCAGGUGUCUGGGUGACCAUGCGGGUGGUGACCUGAGGGGAGCGUGCAGGCAGAUGAAGCUCCUGCAUGUGGCUCACUCUUUCCACCUGCACUUUGUACAUCACCGUGAGUCCCGCCACGUCACGGCGAUGCUGGAGGUUGUGGAGUCGUGGCUGCUGCCCAGCAGUGUCCCUGAUAAGCCUUGCUGCUCGGUUCUGCAGGACUCCCCUGAGAUGCCUCGCAAGUUUCCUCACUACUUACUCACUCGCUAUCCCAUUGAUGUGGACCAUCGUCUUGCUGAGCAGUUCCGGGGGGUGACUGAGAAGUGCGGGGGAAUCUCCUGCCUGUACGCCGAGUUUGGAAGCUCGCCACUUAUUUCCGACGCAGCACUCCAGUUAUUCCCCGGCGUAAAAGUCUGA